AUGGGAUAUCGCUUAGGUGAUUUAUUUAUCAGCGUCCUCGAUGACUUUGACUUAUCAUCCACUAAACGAGAUGGUCCCAGAGGCUUCGAGCGCACAGGAACGAUACCCUUCAUGUCGUUACACAUUCUCGUGCUAAAAGCGAUCGCAGGCAAGGUCGAGCAAAUAAGGAACAGACCACUGGAUGAAUGUUUGACAGGUGAUGUCAUGGGAAAAAACCAACUAUCUGGCGACGGUGAUGAAAUAUGUCCAACGCCAUCUCACGAAGGAAACUUCAAAAUUGCCAUGUAUUGCUUAGAGGUGAUUCACAAAUAUACAGGCCCAUUCGCGUUCGUUCCAGCGGACGAUGAGGAGGUAUUCUUGAUAUGGCUCCAUCACCAUGUCCCGGUGCUUGUGCGUGAAGGCAAUCUCCUUUCUGUCCAUGCAGCAGACUUGUGCCCCUCCCCUGCUGGUGGCAUGAAUGCGACCACCCGAGCUGCAGUACGCUAUUGUGUCCGCGGUCUACUUGAUACAACAUCCACGAACUUUCCUGGCUCGGUGUCGAUGCACGGACCUCCCGUGGCGCUGCAUGUUGCCAAGAGCACAAAUCGUACCCUCCCAGACGUUGACCUCGACACAGUAGCUGCACGUUUCCAAGAGCACUCAAACUGUACCCUCCCAGAUAUUGAUCUCGGCGCAGUAGGUGCACGUUUCCAAGAGCGUAACUUCCACGCACUUCUGAUGAUCGGCGGCUUGGAGGCAUUCAACGCGCUGCUGAUCCUUGAGGCUAAAUACUACCCUGCAUUCCACAUCCCAAUGGCUCGUCUCCCAGUUCCGAUAUCUAAUAACGGUGCCAAUGACAGAGUUCAGCUUGAGUAG